GCUGCUUCCAUCUCCUUGAGGGUGAAAACAGAUGAUCCUUGGUGUCUUUUUGCAGGUGGGUUCUGUUCCUGAAGUUGCCAAUAUUCUACAGGGUUAACGGCUGUUAUAGCCCUCUAUAUAGACACCGACUCACCGAUACGUGAAGGUCCCUGAUCAGACCCUUAUAAAAUUGUAAGUAGUAUUGUAACCCCGUAAUAUAUUACAUGUUGUGGGGUGAUGACCCCGACAAGGGUGUAACAAGGGACACACUAUCAGGCCGACCGUUAUUUAAAAUUAGACUUUGAGUUAUUUUUUUUGGUUACAAUAAUAAUUUAAGAUGAGCAAAUAUGUAGUUUUGUUUCUUUCAUUCUUUUGUAAAUCAUGUUAACUAAUUGUUCAUACAAAAUACCAAUGCUGUCUUGGCUUAUUGAUUAAUUUUAAAGGUCUAUCAGUUCAUAGAUUAGACUUUCCCUCCUCAUUUAUAAUUUGUAUUUUCAUCAUUGUGGUUUAUUUGCACCAUAAAAAAAAAAUCGAAUUUUUCACCAAAUGCCCCUGAGGUUUACUUUAAUGCACCAAAUACCCCUAAACUUUCCAAAAUGCACCAAACACCCCUGACGUAUGCAAUAAUAUCAUUAAAUGCCCUUUUGUCUGACGGACGUUAAUCCUCCGUUACCAUGUUUUUACCUUGUUGCCCUUACUUGUCCUUUCUGGCGCCAUAUCAAAAAAGAAAAAAAAAAAAAAAUAAAAAAAAAUUCAAAACCUAACUUCCCAACUUCUUCCUCGACAUUUCUCUCUGUUCUCUUACACCAUUAGAGAGCACUUGAGUACCAAACCAAAGAGAGAGAAAGAUCGAAAUUCGCUGGGAUUUGUGUAAAACAACUCGCAAUAGUUAGUCGAAGUAAAUCCCCACGAAAAGAUCGACAAUUUGGUCCAAAAAUCUGCAGUUUUCGCGAGUCCUACAAAAGUGGGUGCAAGGAGAGCAAAGGACUGGAAUUUGUGGCUUCAACUUCAUCAAAAUUGUGUCAAGGAUGGUCGCAAUUUGGUUGUUAUGUCAUUAUAAUGAUCGGAAUUUUGAUGUGAGGGUACAAGAUACUGAUGAAACGAACUACAUGGAUUUGGUUGAUGACUUGUUUGAUGAUUCUAUUAAGCAAGAUGUUCUGAUUCCCGAUUUAUUUAGAUUGUUUUAUGUUAAUCCUAGUACGAAUAAAAGAGUAGAAUUGUUGAAUGAUGUUGGUUUGAUGGGCAUGUGGGGUUUAUUUAAGCGCACAGAUACUGUGGAAAUAUGGAUAGAGAAGGCAAAUGAGAAGGAAACUUCAAUCCAAUUUAGGACUGCAGUUAAGAAAAGGAAGGAUAGGAAGGAAAGGAAGGCUGCAGAACUUAGAAGGAAAGCUGAGGAGUUUGAGAGGGAGAGGGAAGAGGAAAGGAGAAGGUUAGAAAGGGAGGCUGAGAUUCAAAGGGAUUUGGAGGAGCAAUUGGCAAACACAGUGGCAAUUGAGGUGCCUGUGUAUGAUGUUGAGGAUUUAAGCGUAGAGUACGUACGUGUUUACAGCUCACAACAUGCUGACUGCCUUUCCCCGGGAGGUUCCCAACCACCAAAUACACAAAAAGAGCCUUCACCACCACCAAGAGAGCCCUCACCACCACCAAAUGUUCCAUCACCACCAAGAGAGCCCUCACCACCACCAAAUGUUCCAUCACCACCAACCUCACCACAGACACAACCACAGCAACAACAACAACAGACAGAACAUCAGCAACAACAACAAACAGAACAUCAACAACAACAACAAACAGAACAACAGCAACACCAACCCACAGAAAAGCAGCAACAACAUCAAACAGAACACCAGCCAGAUCAGACACCCCCUCCUAACAGGGCUGAGUUAAACAAAGGGAGGGGUUUCAGAAUUUCCAGAAGUCAUGCUAAGAAGACGGGUGAGUUUGUUCCUAAGAAGAGGGGGGGAAGGCCUGCUGGUUCAAGGGUGAGGAAACCCACUGCAUACAAUGUGGAGGAAGAGGAGCAAUGGGAUGAUGAGAGUGAUGAUGAAAAUUUUGAGGAGAGUGAGAGUGAUAGUGAACCUGGUUUCAACUCCGACGAUUUCAUUGACGAAGAAAUUGAAGAAGAUGAAGAACAAGAUGUUCUUAAGGAGGUAAUUUCUGAGAGAAGUUUUGAGGAUCAUUUAGAUGGGAGUAAUAAGCUGGAUAAUUUGUAUGCAAAUGGGAAAGUUGUGGGAAGCAUGCCAUGGGGGACUAUCAAGUUGCAACCAUGGAUGAUAUUCCAAAGCAAGACACACUUCAUGGAUGUCUUCAGAGACUUCUGUAUUCAAGAGGGAUUUGCUGUGAGUGUUGAAAAGGCUGAUACAACCAGAUUCACUGCAAUGUGUCUGGUUGAGUCAUGCAAUUGGAGGAUCCAUGCCUGUGUGUUGUUGGAUGGGGUCAGUUGGGCCAUUAAAACUCUUGUCAGUGAGCACAAGUCUUGUGGGAGACUUGAGGAGAAUCCCAUGGUGACAUCUCAGUGGCUAUGUACCAAACUACUUCCUGACAUUGAAGCAAAUCCAGAAAUCCCAAUUAAGACACUUCAAAGAAAGGCAUUGGGGAUUUAUAGGGUACAAGUGAAACAGAGGUUGAUGUACAAGGUGAGAAGCCUCGGGAGGCAGCAAAUUUAUGGAGGUUUUGAUGAGUCAUAUGCCCUUUUACCAUCCUAUGCUGAAAUGAUCAAAUCUACCAAUCCUGGGAGUUAUGCCUUGGUCACUUGGACUGCAGAUUCUGGUAACGUGACACCCCGUUUCAAGGCUUGCUUUUUCUCCUUUGCUGCACAAGUUAGGGGUUUCUUAAGAGGUUGUAGGCCUAUCAUAGGCAUUGAUGGUGCACAUUUGAGUGGAUACUAUAAGGGAAUUCUCCUCACUGCAGUUGCUAUCGAUGGGAAUAAUGAGAUUUUUCCAUUAGCCUAUAGCAUUGUGAGUACGGAGAGUAUGGACACAUGGUCCUAUUUUUUCAGAAGUUUGAAGGCUUUGUUUGUUCAACAUGGGUGCCAGAGGGAUGACUGGACUUUUAUUAGUGACAAAAUGAGGGGAGUAGAAUCUGCUUUGUAUGAUGUUUUCCCCAAAGCAGUCAGGAGGGUCUGUGCUCAGCAUCUGUAUACCAACUGCAGACAAGCUGGAUACAGUGGCACAACCUUCCAUGACUUGUUCUGGGUUGCUGCUGAUGCAUACAAUCCAUAUGUCUUCAACAAAGCCAUGGAAAAGAUUGGCAAACUCAUCCCAGAAGCAGUGGGAUAUCUUGACAAAGUGCCUGAACAGUGGUCCAGACACAAGUUUGAUGUUGGGAUCGGGGCCAGAUUUGAUAAAGCUGUUGACAUUGGACCCGAUCAAUUGACGCCAUAUGCUACUAAGGAGCUUGAAGAGAGGAGUGCUGACUCGAGGUUCUGUUAUGCAACUAAUGCUGGGGGGGGUGAAUUUGAGGUUUUAGAUGGUCAUGUGAAGUUCCCUAUGCUUGCUGCUAGAGUUUGUGGUUGUGGGAAAUGGCAAGGGUGUGGUAUACCUUGCAAGCAUGCUAUUAGGGUAAUAUACCAUCAAAGACUCAAUCCUACAGAUUUUGUUUCUCCUUACUUCAAAGGGGCAGCCUAUAAGCUCACAUACUCAGAGCAUAUUCACCCCAUGCCUGACUCAACACAGUGGCCUACAUUUGAGCUACCUAGGAUUCUUCCCCCACUAAUGAGAAGGGCAGCUGGCAGACCAGCCAAGCAGAGAAGAAGAGGUGCUCAUGAGAAGAAGAGGGGGAAAAGAAACACCACUGUCAAGUGUGGGAAAUGCAAGCAAAUUGGGCAUAACUCAAGAACCUGUAAAGGAGGUUCCACUGCAAAACAGAGGAAAGAAUCUGCUGCAGCUGCUGCUGGUUCUGCUGGUGCAUCAACAUCUGGUGCUAGGAAGAGGAAGGCUCCAACAUCUAAUGCAUCGAGCAGCAAGAAGUCCAAAGCUGCAUAA